AUAUAAGAGCAACGGCCGACGGGAGACACAUUUUCCAGUAGUUACUCCGUACUCCGUACAGUACUACUAGUCCCUCCUCACCCACUCACUAGGCAGAGAAACAUAGUUACUAAAUAGCUCUACAAACAUGGCUGGAACAUCGGAAACAUCCCAUCGAUUCCACGAUUACCCCAUUCCCCGCGAAGGGCCCGACGUCCCCUUGAAGUAUCCCCCGGCGUCGAACCCCAUACUCCGGGGCCGCUUGCUGGAGCUAGGCGCCUCAUUGGUCUGCUCCUCAAAUGCCCUCCAAGCUUAUCUCUGGCGCAAUGCAGGUUUCAACGUCGUGCGCGAACUCCCCGCCCUGAAAGACUAUCCACCCCGAUAUGACCCUACCGUCACCCCUAUCGCGGAUUCUUCUACAGCCCAUCAAUCGAGCCUUCCCCUGCCAACCCAGAAGCGAGAUGGCCAGGGCUACUACACCUCAGCCGACUACCAUGCGCUGUAUCUGUCCGGCGACCUGACACCCACGGCGGUCGUGGAAGCGCUUUUUCCUCUCAUUCGCCGUGAUGUGAACCCGCCCGGCGAGCAUUCUCUUGCCUUCCUUGAGUCUAAGAUUGAUAUCAUCCGUGCUGCGGCUGCAGCCUCGACGGAGAGGUACAAGACUGGGAAGCCGUUAGGUCCCUUGGAUGGGGUGCCUGUCGCAGUUAAGGAUGAAGUAGACCUCGAGGGCUACAAGCGGACGUUAGGGAGUCGGUUAGAUUUCACGGGGAAGACGAACCGGACGGCGUGGUGUGUUAAGAAGUGGGAGGAGGCCGGGGCAAUUGUUGUCGGGAAGACUAGCAUGCAUGAAUUGGGUCUUGGCACCACGAACAACAAUCCCUUUACAGGGACCCCGAGAAAUCCCCACAACAAAGACUACUAUACCGGCGGCUCUUCAGGAGGCUCUGGAUAUGUUGUUGGCGCUGGCCUGGUACCCAUUGCCCUGGGAGCCGACGGUGGUGGCUCAGUCCGUGUCCCGGCUGGCUUCUGCGGCAUCUAUGGCAUUAAAACCUCCCAUGGCCGAGUCUCUGGACACCCGACCUGUGGAAUAGCCACGACCACCGGCGUUUUCGGAACGAUGACCUCCAGCCUCGACGACUUAGCAUUAUCGUACCGAAUCAUGGCUAGCCCCGAUCCGGAAUCAAUGCCAUCUUCCUCCUUCCCAGAUCCCCUCUCCACCAUCCCAUCCAGCGACACCCUAGCCUCCCGGCCCAAGGUAAUCGGCAUUUUCCGCGACUGGGUCAACCGCGCCGACCCAGCCGUCCUCAGCCUCUUCAACAACGCCAUCGACUACUACCGCGACCACCAAAACUACACUGUCCUCGACAUCUCCAUCCCCUUCCUCCCCGAAGGCCAAAAAGCCCACGCCCUCACCAUCCUCGCCGAGAUCUCCUCAACAAUCACCCCCGAGCAAAUCCGCCAACUAACCCCCCAGAACAAAGUCCUCGUCUCCAUCGGCAGCAACCAGGCGGCCGCCCGCGACUUCCUCGCCGCCCAACGCAUGCGCAACCUCCUCAUGUCCCACCUCGCGCAUCUGUACCAGAAACACCCGGGCCUGAUCAUCGCGACGCCCACGACCCCGAUGCCCGGCUGGAAAAUAUCCAAGGGCGACGCGGACCUCGUGUCGGGCGUUAGCGAUGAGAACUCCAGCCUGCGCGCGAUGGAGUAUGUGUUCCUCGCGAACUUUACGGGCUGUCCGGCUCUUUCGAGGCCCAUGGGCCUGGUUGAGGGACCCGGUGUUCCUGUGGGUCUUAUGGGGAUGGGCGAGUGGGGGAGUGAGGAGAUGCUGAUUGAGUGGGCGAGGGAUGGGGAGGGAAUGUCUGUGUUGAGUCCUGAGGGUGGUGGCGACGCUGCUGCUGCUGCUGCUGCUGCUGCUGAGACGGCGGCUGGAAGCAAGGGUGUUGUAAAGGUUCCGGAUGUUGAGAAAGGUGGGAAGUGGGUUGAUGUCAUUGAGGUCGCUCGUGGCUCUGGGGGACAGGAGGCCGCUUCGCCUGCUCUUAAUUCGCUAUGGUCUUAGCUAUCCUUCGUGUUGCUACGUGGAGUUUGGCUGACGGGGUGUGUGUGUGUGUGUGUGUGUGUGUGUAUGUUAUUCAAGGGGGAUUGUAUAGAUAUGGUCGUCGCCCAGUUUUAAAUGUACAGUAAUAAACCCAAAGUUAAAUAGUAUGUUAAUAGCAAUUGCUUUCCUUUCCCAUUUUGCUUAGUUCCCAUGAGAUGAAAUUUGGGGGAUGAGUAUGCAGGCACUCUAAAAAUACAGAUAGGGCGGGAAAUGUCCCAAAAAGGGAACAACUAACUGCCAAAAAGUGCUAUCCCGAUUCGCACCAAUGGGCCGACGUUAUCAAAAAGAAUAAUGGAGAAAGCAAGUAUAAAAAGGAGCCCCCGGGCAAGAAAGCCUGUGAUCAUCAAAUACACAGA